AUGAUUGGAACCGCUCUCAACAUAAGCGAGAUGAAGAAGCUCAUCACUCACAUGGGUAAAACCCAUCCAUGCUUUGAAACAACACUUCAGCCUACCGAAGGAAUCGUUGGCUAACUCUGUAUCUAAGGUAAACUCUACCUCUUCCAAAGGCCAUGGUGAAAGAAAAGAAAAAAGCAGACAAGAAAGGCGAUAAGUCGGCCCGCUCUCCGUCCUCCAAUUCGGAAAACCCAGAGGCUUUCAAAGAUGGCGCUGGGAAGCAGGAAGUACCGACUGGUGCCCUCCCAGUAUUGGAAAUGCCACUCAAGCAGUUGGCACCCAAAAGAGACUCUGCAAAUAUGUAUCAGAAUGAAGAUGAAACCCAGUAUGAAGAGCCCAUCCUGACCAAACUCAUUGUGGAAAGUUAUGAAGGAGAGAAAAUCCGAGGACUGUAUGAGGGAGAAGGCUUUGCUGUCUUUCAAGGUGGAAACACCUACCAUGGUAUGUUUUCAGAAGGACUGAUGCAUGGACAAGGGACUUAUAUCUGGGCUGACGGACUGAAAUACGAGGGGGACUUUGUGAAGAAUAUCCCCAUGAACCAUGGCGUGUAUACAUGGCCAGAUGGCAGCACGUAUGAAGGAGAAGUGAUCAACGGCAUGAGGAAUGGAUUUGGUAUGUUCAAAUGUGGCACACAGCCCGUGUCCUACAUCGGCCACUGGUGUCAUGGCAAGAGACAUGGGAAGGGCUCCAUCUAUUACAAUCAAGAGGGAACCUCUUGGUAUGAGGGAGACUGGGUAUACAACAUCAAAAAGGGCUGGGGAAUAAGAUGCUACAAGUCAGGAAACAUAUAUGAAGGCCAGUGGGAAAACAAUAUGCGCCAUGGGGAAGGCAGAAUGAGGUGGCUGACCACAAAUGAGGAGUACACUGGCCACUGGGAGAAGGGGAUCCAGAACGGCUUUGGAACAUACACAUGGUUUCUAAAGAGAAUCCCCAACUCUCAGUAUCCUUUGAGAAACGAAUACAUAGGAGCAUUUGUAAAUGGAUUCCGUCACGGACAUGGGAAGUUUUACUAUGCCAGUGGAGCAAUGUAUGAGGGAGAAUGGGUUUCGAACAAAAAGCAUGGCAGGGGCAGGAUAACUUUCAAGAACGGACGAGUGUAUGAAGGUCUGUUUUCCAAUGACCACAUUGCACAGUACCUUGAAACUGAAAUCGAUUACACACGCACCCUAGACCGUCGGUCAGAUGUCUCCCAAAGGAGCCGGCCGCCUCGGGGAUCUUCUGCCAGUGCUGAUAGGGAGCCUGAGACCCUGCGAAAGUUGGACGGCAGCGAAAGCCAUUCUGUGUUAGGAUCCAGUAUUGAACUAGACUUAAAUUUGUUGCUGGACAUGUACCCUGAGGAAACCCAAGAAGAAGAAAAGAAGCAGGUGGAAUACGCAGUCCUGAGGAACAUUUCGGAGUUAAGGAGAAUCUACUGCUUCUACAGUGGCCUCGGGUGUGACCACUCUCUGGAUAACACCUUUCUCAUGACAAAGCUUCACUUCUGGAGAUUUCUGAAAGACUGUAGGUUUCACCACCACAAUAUCACCCUUGCAGAUAUGGACAGGGUGCUAAGUGUCUAUAAUGGCAUACCAAUCGAAGAAAUCCAUUCUCCGUUCAGAACUAUACUCUUAAGAACAUUCCUGAAUUACCUCCUGCAGUUGGCUCACCACAUCCAUCACAAAGAGUUCCAAAACAGAAGCCCAUCACUCUUUUUGUGUUUUACAAAACUGAUGACUGAGAACAUUCAUCCACAUGCCUGCCAGGUAAAAGGUCAUUUAUUCAGUGAGCAACAGCGGACGCUCUACUCAAUGAAUUAUAUCGAUAAGUGCUGGGAGAUUUACACGACCUACUGCAGACAAAACGAAGCCCCGCCCUAUGAGCUAACAAUGAAGAUGAGGUAUUUCCUCUGGAUGCUGAAAGACUUUAGGAUGAUAAAUAAGGACUUAACCGCGACCAAAUUUAUGACUGUGAUAGCAGAGGACAACCCUUUUGUGUAUGAUGGAACUGACAGCAACUUUGAACUUGAGCUGGUUUUCCUGGAAUUCUUUGAAGCUCUCUUAUGCUUCUCACUCUGCUGCAUUUUUGACCGGAUGACUAGAUCCUAUUUAAAAGUUCCAUAUGAUGAUGCUACUGGAAACCGAUACGGCAGCAUUCACACAAUACUCAACCAGAGCAACCACAGGAGCCCAAGUGCAAUCACGAGCCAUGAUUCCGAAGUCCAUUUCAGCAGCACCAAGUCGUCUUCUGACAAGACAGGAGUUUUGCCUGACAGUAAAAUCAGGAAGUCAGAGCCCAAGCUCAAGAAGUCCCUAAGUGAGGACAAAGACAAAGACUCCAAAAUGAACCUCAAGAAUCAAGGAAGAGGGCUGGUGUUUUUGUCCCCUCACGAGAAAUAUGAAAAACCCAAAGAUGAGCAGAAAGAGAAACUCAACAUAUGGGUGAACAACCUCUAUGUCUUCUUUGUGAGCGUGCUUUUCAGCGCCUACAAACGUGAGGAGAUGCUCAAGGGGAAGAUAAAGGAGAACCGGCUGGAGCAAGCAGCACUGGCUCAGCAGAGGCAGAUAGAGGAUGAAGAGCUGGAAGCCAGGCUGAACAUCCUACGGGAAGAAGAGGCCAAAAGACAAGACUUCGAUAUUGACAUCACUGUGUUAAAGGAGCCAUUGGAAGCUCCAUCUUCACUGCCACUCACACCCAGCCCUCCUAAAGAGGACUUAGUUUCCACCCAGACCAGCAAGACCAGCCCUGGCAAGAAGAAGAAGAAGUGAAGGUACUGGGAGUCAUGGCUGAACUACAAGGACAGCAGACAUAUUGAGCUCUGUGAUGAGUGUCCCAUAAAAUAAAGGGUUUGAGCUUAGCUUCUGAUAGAGUUUCUAAGGUGCUCUACUUAGGUCCACAUGUGAAGUUUCUUGUAUGGCUACAUUUGCAAAAACUAAACUAAAUGACUAUGCAGACAUGCAUAUAUUAGUAAAUGUGUAUUAAAUAUAUUUUUGUAAAUCAACGUUAGCUGAACCAAGAGGUCUAUCCCAGCACUCGGGAGAUACAGGCAGGAGACUGCUGCAAGA